GUGCUUCUUUCACAUGAUGGAGUUUCAAAAUUUUUGUGAAAAAUAAAAGCAAAUGAGAGUAGGUUCAGAUCAGUAGAACUGCUCCCAGUUGUAGCCACCCUCAGGAUUGAGGGAGCCAGUCAGGAGGAGCAUCACAUCCACAACCCACCACACCCCAAAUCCACCCAGUGUCAGGAGCUUGGCUAUGCCGAGACAUGUGUAGCCAAGGCAAAAUCGGUCCACUCCAAAAAUCCCAAGAAACAAGGAGUAGAGGAAUAUGGUUGGGAAAUAGUGCCCUUUAUAUCUAAGAGGAACACAAAUUUACUAUAAUAUAGUGGCUAUAGAACACCCUGUUUCUGACUUUACACAAGGAACAUCUGUUUUAGUGAAACUGCGUUCUCCAGCACACUCAACUCCUUCCAAAACCGAGCAAUUCACCAAUGUCGUCUGCACAUCUUCAUAUGUCUGCCCUCCAAACAGCAGACAGCAGAGAACUCGAGGACUGUAUGGACGAUACAAAUCUACCUCAAACUCCUCACAGGUUCUGCUACCGUUCAAGAAUAUCUCCUCACAGAGACAGGCAAGAAAGAGGUUCCCCAGAGCCAGAGCUACCGGCAACCACAUCGCACGCAAAAGUGGUCGACCACGCCCAUAAUACAGGGGCGUGGCGUAUCACUUUGCUGCGCCGCGAGGAUAUGGAUUUGCUUGGCUGUGGGAGCGAUGGUCCACCGUCCCAGAACCAUAUUCAAGGUUCUGUCGCGACUGGUGGACGGGGACACUGGAGAACGUGUCUACGUCCUGACGGGGGGAGAGGAGGCGGGUCUGCGACUGGCGGCGUGCGUGGACAGCCGGACCUGGACUACUCUGCUGACUACUGCUAACCUCAGUGGCAUGGCGCGACAAGUCGGCAUUGACUCAGAGGAGUUCAAACAGGAGUCGGAACGUGCACUGUCCGGGCAGCCCAGGGCCACGGAAACCUUCUUUUACAGCGUGACCCACACGUCUGGGGGACUGCAGUUGAGUUGGAAACGACACUUGCUUCCAGAUAAUGUCAAAUUCCAGCUGGGCAGUGUGCUGCUGAGAGAAGAGGAGGCAGGACCAACUCACAGUAUGAUCCUGGAGCAUGCAGUCAGCACCUUCCUCUGCCUUCAGAACAAGAUAUCUGAACUACAGAGAGUGAAUCUGCAACUGGCCCAAGAACAACAAACAGCACUCGAAAGACUUGAGCAUGCAAUCCGUAGCAAGGAACAGGUGGAAAAAGAGAUGUACAGCAAGUUCAAACUGGUCCUGAAUGAGAAAAAGAACAAAAUCAGACGUCUAAUGGAUGGGUUGGUUACAUCUGCUGCAGCCACUGCUCUAGAGGAUGAAGUAGCUACUACGUCCCCAGCAGGACAUUCUAGCACCCCUCCACCUCCUCCACAAUCCAGUAAGGAAUAUUAACAUACAUAGUUUACAAACUUUCUGAUUGGCCCGAAGCCUUGCUAGGUGUGCCCGAACUAGUUUCGCCACCAACAAAGAGAAGAAAGAGAGAGGCUAGAUGCACGGAAACAAAGGAGCCUGACAUUGCAAAGCCACCCAACAUCUCCUGUCCACAGACAAAAGAGACAAAUAGAAGUAAAAAGAGUGAUUCUCAACAGAGCUCUAGUGCUGAUGAAGAUGAUUUGUUAGGUUUACUUUAAACAGUGUUAUUGCAUCUCAGGUGAGUUCAGUUUUGAUAUGAGGAUUGGCUUGAGCUCUGCAGGGCAUUGUUCCAGUACAUUCUGUGCGUGAAGUUAUUAUCAUUAUACCACUGGCAAACCAAAAGAACUU